AUGAGCUCAUUUGAAGUUCAUGACGUGGCUAUCAACAUAGAAUUAUAUAAAUUGUUACGUUUUUAUCACGUAUUCGAUCCAAGUAACUCAAAGAUUUUCGGUUUUAAUGUUUAUCGUUUUACUGGAAUCUUAAUAACCGUAUUUAUCCAAUCAUGCGUAUUAUUUGGACUGUUGGGUUGUUUUAUGGAGAUGGAAGAUUCAUUAGAUUACAUAGAAUUAUUUGUAUUCAUAUUUGUCAAUUCAAGUAAUUUUCUCUCUGUAAUGAAAAUAUGCGUAUUCAUAUAUAAAGCAAAUGACACUUGGGAUUUAUUUGAGGUAACUCGCAUACAAUUUCUGAAAAGUGAACCAUGCCGUAAAUAUAGAGAUGACAUUUUAGAAAAAGUUCGUAACAAAUCAAUAAAACUUACUAAUUUCAUUUUUGGGUUUGCAUCCAUGACGUGUAUUAUAUGGAUGAUAUAUCCACUUGUUGUAAAUUUCUUUAUGCUUGCCACUGAUCAAAUCAAUAAUCAGCGUUAUCAAAAUAUUUUCAACAUGCGGUACCCUGUGACUAUAAAUACUUACAAUCAAUAUUAUUUUGUUUUUUACGCAAUCGAAGUGAUAUUGGCAGCUUUUAUUUUAUAUAAUUCGAUACUAAUAGAUACUUUUUUAGUAUCUUUUUGUUGGGUUAUAAUAGCUCAGUAUGAAAUACUUACGGAGGCAUUUGGAAACAUCGGGUACGAGGACAAAUUCCAAAACCAGGAUAAAGAUUGUUCCAUUAAAGCAUAUAAUGAUUUAAAGUCAUUAUUAAGUGAGCAAAGAAGACUUAAUUUAAAAUUAAAACUAUAUUAUUCUAUAGUAUGGUAUAUAGUCUUAACAUAUGUUGUACUGUCUUCGUGCUCAAUUAUAACAUUGACAUAUUCUUUCAUUAUGACAUGUAUGUUGACCACCAAAUCGUUACCAGUUCUCAGCAUAAUUAAAAUAAUAGCACCGUUUACAAUAGUUUCAUUUCAAUUAUUUUUACAUUGCUAUUUUUUUGGACUUAUAAACUCUAAGAAAGCAUCUGUCAGCUACGGAAUGUAUUCUAGUAAUUGGACAUCGAUAGAUUUAAAAUUUCAAAAGUCAUUACUACUAUCAAUGCGGAUGAAUGAUGCUGACAAUUUAAUGAUUAAAGCUACACCAACAAAAAUUGUCAAUUUAGAACUGUUUGUUGGGGUGAUGAUCACAACUUACAACAUUGUAUCCGUAAUGCUGAAUACAUUUAAAUCGAAAAUAUGA